UACGUCGAUUAUGUUUAUUUGUUAUUUACAGAGUUCUUGCCUUUGUCAGAACGACAUUUGUUGACUUUAGAUUACCUCUUACUCUGUCUACCCGUAGCCAUUUCCAAAUGUUGUGCCAUGUCGUCAGAACGUUCCCAUGUGAUAGUUCUAUUCUGUCCUGUUGUCAUCCUAGUAUCAACUCAUUGUUGGCAACUCUAGCAAUUACCUUAUGUUGUUUGUUUUGUGCAUAUUUUAGUUUCGGUGCGAAUAAGCUGUGAUUUCUUUCUCUUGAUUUGAAGCAUGUCGUACCCAAACUUGGAUAGUGUAAACGGUCCUCAAAUGAGUUAUGGAAAUCAGCCAGGUGGCUAUCCUGGGGGACCACCUGGAGGCUAUCCUGGGGGCUAUCCAGGCGGACCACCCGGUGGCCCUGGUGACCAGCAUCCUGGUGGUGUCAGCCCUCAAGUACAGCAGUGGUUCAAUGCUGUUGACAGGGAUAGAUCUGGGAAAAUAAGUGCCAAGGAGCUCCAAGCAGCUCUUGUCAAUGGGCAAGGAAAGAACUUUUCAGACCAAGCCUGCAACUUAAUGAUAGGCAUGUUCGAUGUGGAUGAGUCAGGAAUGUUUGACAAAGACAAGUCUGGGACCAUUGAUAUCAAUGAAUUCCAGCAGUUGUAUAAUUAUGUUAACCAGUGGCUUGGAACAUUCCGGAGUUAUGACCGCGAUCAAUCUGGUCACAUUGAAGAACCUGAACUGGCUCAAGCUUUCCAGCAGAUGGGCUUCCGCUUCACUCCAGAAUUCAUUAAGUUCCUCAUCACAAAGAGUGACAUGCAGGACCAUGCCAAGAUCUCGGUGGACCAGUUCAUUGUUCUCUGUGUUCAAAUCCAGAGAUUUACAGACAACAGCAGUGAAAUAAGAUGUCGGUUUGAUGAGCCUGAAUUUGAGAAAGCUAAAAGGAAGCGGAAAUUCAAAGGAGAUGCCACUUAUGUCCAGAGUGGUUUGGGUAUGGGACUUUCGGAUCAAAGACAGGGUGAGUCUGAGUCUGGUCUAAGCCUCAAGCAUGAAAAUGAAACAUUGAGAGAAGACAUGGAACAAUUAGUUACAGAGAAUGUGCAUCUUAUAAAGGAAAACAAACAACUGCAAGAGGAGAACCAUACUUUGAAAGAGAAAGUGAGGCGUUUAGAAGAGGAGAAUAAAAGGCUUCACAAGGAGCACAAAGAUGCCAUUGAACUGUCCUCUUGGCUCUCUUCAGCCAAAGAAAUUGUGGAAAAUUUAAAGAAGAAACCCAUUGUUUUUGCUAAACGAACAAAGAAACCGCCAUCAAUGAUCCGUCCCAUGGAUAUGCAAAGUCGCACCCUAAGAUUUCCCAUCUCCAGUGCCCCCAGAAAUUUUCCAGACGUCAGAAACACACAGUGGAGUGAUGGAGAACAGCCUCAUACGAAUGGCACUUUUGUCACCCCUCAUGUCAAAAUUGAAAGGACAGAUGAAGACCAACAAUUUGAAGAUGGUCACGAACCCUCUUACCAUACACCACUUCUUAACUUUGACCAGGUUGAGUUCCAUCAGUCUGGAAAAGAAAGCUGUGAUACAUCUAAUGGUUUAUUACUAGAUAUGACUGUGACUGAGCCAGUUGAUGACGAAGUUGAUAGGAUUGGGAGGGAGCAGCUUUUGUUCCCAGAACCAGUAGAAGGGGUUUGUGAGUUGUGCCCUGGAUCAAGGAUCUAUGUAGCACUAACAGCCAUGGACAAUAUUUUGAGCAAGAAGAGUCAUAGCUCUGUUGCACGUAGUUGUCUUGAAGCUAUAUUCAAAAUGCCCUAUUUGCUGUCAUGCUCUGUACAAGGAAAUGUUGCAAAAGGUCCCUAUGGAAAGCCUGAUGUUCAAAGACCUUCUUUGUACAGACCUGCAGUCGAAUCCAUUUUAAAGUAUGCUAGAUAUCAUGCUGAACAAAAUGGAUGGAAAGUGGAAGAAAAUACAACUAUAAAAAAGCAGAUGAAUACUCGACUAUCAGAACUCAGAAACAUCGCAAAAUACAAAGCUCAAGCCGCGGCUGUGGACGCGGGGGAACCCGGAGAGCAACACAAAGGCUAUUCAAGAUACAAAAAUAUUGUUGCAGCUCUAUCUGCACUCCCUAUUGUAGCUCAAUCAUCACCUAGUGACAUAUCUAGUGAACCAGAAUUGGGGCAUGUAACAAAAUAUCCUUGUUCUAAAAGUGAUCCCUCUGACACUAGUUAGUUCUCAUGGCAAUAUUUUUCAUCUUAUCCCUAGUAAGAAGUGUUGCAAUGAUGAAGAUCUUAAAGUUCGUAUUAUUAGUGUUGAAUGGCAGCAUUCUAAUUACUGUAUUUGACAAAUUUAAGUGGCACUAUAAUCAAAGGCACUCCAAUUUUGAGAGAUGUUACAAAGGUUCAUAAGAGCAAACCUCCCAUUCAAAGAAGCACAUAGUGUUAUAAUUGAAUAAAUGUGGUAGUGCCAUUUUCACUGACUGAGCAAAAGUGGCUUAAGUCUUCCUUAUUUUGCAUUUUGUGUCUUGGGCCAUUCAUUUUGAAUUCUAAGUUAAAAUCAAAGAGUCUGCCAUAUCCAUAUGCCAAAUAUAUCAAUUCUAGUACUUUAAUCAAGUAAGUAUUUACUGUACUUUAGCUUUAGUUUAAUUGUUGCGACUUUCGUCAUGUUGCUCAACACAGAGAGAAGGAGUGCGUCAGUGAAGCGCCUUCUUCUGUCCUAUUUUACAUGUUUACAUGUGUCACUCAAUGAUACACCACAUCUAUGUUUUAGUUACCAUUUCAACUACCUUUUAUGUUCAAAUGACCAUUAUUUUUGUUGUUUUAUCCAUUUUUAACUUGUGCGGCACAAUGUAAUUAAUUGAAUUUAGAUUGUAAAGACAAGGCAUGCCAUAGGUAAAAGCCCUAUGAGUGAGACAGUCAAUUAUUUAUUUUAUGCUACUAUAGCUUUGCAGUUUAAGUAAAAUUGAAACUGACACUUGUGUACCUGGAAAAGAUUUCUCCCUUGCUAGUUAUUUUUUUUUUUUGGCUCAGUGAAAUUGCUGCACCAUUCUGUAAAUAUGUAGAAUGAACCCUUUUGAAGUAUGUGCACAUAGCGUUUCUAAAUCUAUCAUUGUGAGCUUCAGCCACCACAAGGGAGAUGGAAAGGCAGGGCAGAGACAAUGUAGGUGGGCCUCAAGGGUAAUAAAUUUAGUUUCAAGUAAAUUGACUUUUCCUAUAUAUUGACUGAUCUUAGCACAAGUUGAUUUCUUCAUAGUGCACUGUGAUAUUGUUCAUGUAAAUCUAUAUUUAUUUUUGCAGUCUAUUUUUGUGCCUAUAAUAGAAACUCUUCCAAAUCUUUUAAGUUUUUGUUGUAUUUCUUGUCAUGUUUAGUUUUCAAAACAUGAUGAAUGCCCAUCUUUGAUUGUACUAUUCCGAGGACAGAAUCAAGUAUUGCGACAGGGGCCCUGUUUUAUGUGUUAGUUAGAUUUGUUGUUGUCAGAUAAGUUGUUACUUACUUAACAGAAUUUUAUUGUGUAAAUCCCAGCAUAGAAACUUCGUUUUUCUAAGUCAGGACACAUUAUUAGCUGAGUUGUUAUUUGUUCCUGUUGAAAUUCUGUAAAAUUUUUACCUGAUGUUUUGUGAAAUACAGUAAGCGUGAUUUGCAA